UUCAAUCCCUCCCUGGUAACCCCGUAAUACCGGAAUCUGCCUGUCAGCGAGGACGUGGCGUGGCGGAAACCCUGGACAGAGAAGCACAAAGGCAGCCUGCAUGCGCAAACUCAGUUGAAUCCACAUCGGCUCUGUUCCUCCCAUAGACUGUACGGUUCCUCCACGUGGACCCUGUCAUUGACCAAAAUACUCGGGUCUCCGUGGCACACAGGGAGCGCGCGUACGGCCGCCGUUGCGCAGUGCAGACUUGGACGCGCGGGCAGGGCGGUGCGGGGAGGUGCGGGACGGUGCGGGGCGGUGCUGUUCUUCAGACAUGAACCUGUAAACACAAACCUCCUGGAAUUAAAGCUAAUUGUCGUCCACACAUCAACUAUGCAGACAGGUGUGUUGGUGGAGUCUCACCUGGGCAGGUUGCUCCUGUUCCUGUUCCUGCUUAUACAUCUGUGCCUGGCUGCACCAGGGUUUCCUGGGACACAAGGGGAGGAUUCAGUGGACGUCCAUGCCCAAGCAGCAGCAGCCCUAGCAAAUCCCUUCAUCUCUGGAGAAGAGGACCGCAGCUUGCUGCAAAGUUUCAUUCAGUCCAGUCUGACGAUUAACCAAGGAGGACCGGAGAUCAGCACCCGGGAACAAGAGGUGUUCUACUUGUUUGGACUCUAUGACUAUGACCACAGUAGGUUUCUGGAUGGUUUGGAGUUAAUGAAGCUUGUCUCAGAAUAUAACCUCCAUCAUUCACCUGGACGACAGGCUACUGAGCAGGUGGUGGCUUUGGUAGAUUUUUUACUCCAGACUCAGGAUCUAAACCAGGAUGGCCUGUUAACCCCAUUGGAGCUGCUGUCUCCGCCUUUACCUUACACACAGGACUCCAUCAACAACAGUGCACCUAAUCAGGAGCAGGGGAUGGCAGUGGAGGAGAGCCUGUCAAACCUCAGUACUGGCAAAGAGAUGGCAGGAGCAGAGACGGCAGAGCACAAAGAGGAGGCUCAUGAGAUGUUGCAGGAAGUUAAGCCAGAAGAAGAACUUGUUAUGCAAGCAGAUGAGCAAAAUGGACAACAAAUCCCAGAAGCCCAAGCAGAAGAAACGGGGCAGGACCACAAAGUUCCUGCUCAUCUGGGACACCCGGAGAUAUGAAUGCUGACACACCCAUACAUAGACUGUUUCAGUGUGAAGUCAACAGAAGACUGAGAUAAAAUUAAAUUACCGAUCACAGAAAUGUCUUCUUCUUCAUCAGCUUCCUAAAAAAUGGUCUCCCUGCUUAAAUUCAGAGAAAACCAUCAAUUGAACUCAUAAUCAAACUUUGAAAGAGAUGAUAAACAAAGAGAUAAAUCUGUUAAGACUAUUUCUGUCACCUCAUUGAAAGAGAGUUUCUAAAACAAGUAAAUGGAGGCUUUCAGUUCAGUUAAUUUGAAGUUACAAAUGCAGUAUUGUUUAUAAAAGUAUAUCAGAAGCCAUUCCAUAUAGAAAAGUACCUAUGAAUUGUAUCGUUCCCCAGGAGAUUUAAACACUAAGUGUAGAUUUUUUUGACUUAAUUUUGAAUUGUAAAGAGUAUUGGCUUUGGAUGUUUGAUUUGCUUUAAUUGUAUGUCUUUGCCCUCUUUUUGUCACACCUGACAUUUUAAUGCAUUUAUGUUGCUCUAUGUUGUGACUGUUGUUUCAUGUACAAACUGUUUGGCCUUAAUGCGUGUUACCACUCUGGGCUUAGGAUUUGUACCUAGUUGCUGCACCUGGUAUGCCAGGAGAUUUACUUUUGUCUUCCGUGAGAAUUUUUCUCAGCCUCUGCCCUGACUACUUUUAAAUUACUUUAAGAAAAACACAUUAGUAUGCAGUAAUGAUGACAUUUUACUUAAUUUUGCCACACUUGAGUACCACUCAGAAAUACUGUACUUUGAUGAAGACUUUAAUGUGCCUCAAUGAGUCGGGCUUGCAGAACAGUACUGUAUUGAGCAUGUGUCUACCACCAACAGUCUUAAGGCGACAUGCUUCGAAGCUCUUCAGAAUAAAGGUCAGAAAGGCUUUGUUUCAAUGACGCUAGAUUCAGUAUUUAUCUGCGAAGUUGAAUAUGUUUACAAGAUUAAAAGGUUUACUAUUUGUUGUAUUUGUGUUUAGCGUUUUUUUAAUAAUUUGUGCACUUUUACAGCCAUAAAAAUAAAGCAAUUCCUUUAUCCCUC